UGAGUCAGGUAAGCGAUUGCGCACGCGCAGUCCAUUCACUUACUGCAACGGGAAAGGAAUCGCCAUAUUUUCACAUGUAAUUUCACACGACACCAAUGUUGUGAGGCUCAAGCUCCUAUCUAGGCUCAAGCUCCUAUCCAGGCUCAAGCUCCUAUACCGACUCAAGCUCCCAUCCAGGCUCCUGCUCCUAUCCAGGCUCUUUAGGAGAGUGCACCAGAUUAUCUACACCAUGUGUGUUUCAAGUGGUCCAAGUAUUUGCCUGAUGUGCUUACUGUAUUAUGGUUGGCAGGCAAAAGCUGACACACCAAACAUAAGUGCUCAGAUAUCUAAACAGUAUGAUGUGUUUACAGACAGCAUUGAUGCUACUGAAGAUUCAAAAGAACUUUAUUUCAUGGAGAAAGACUUCUUUUUGAUGAAAUUGAUGACAAAAUAUGGAAAUGGAAGAGAGAUACCUUUUGAGGGAUUUGAACACAUGUUACACAACCUUGGUCUUGGUGGCAUUUUUAAGUUUGAUCAUGAGGUCAGUUGUCAUAGAAAUAAUAGCAGUUCAGAUUUUCUCAAAUUACACUCACAUCAUAAUCAUUCAAAAGACACAAUAACAUCCAUUGAUCUUUGUGGCCAUGCAAAUAAGAAUGGCUACACAGAUGAACAUUACCACCAAGGUGAUCAUGACCACACAGAUGAACAUGACCACACAGAAGAACAUGACCACACAGAUGAUCAUGACCACAUCGAUGAACAUGAACACAUCGAUGAACAUGACCACACAGAUGAUCAUGACCACACAGAAGAACAUGACCACACAGAUGAUCAUGACCACAUCGAUGAACAUGACCACACAGAUGAUCAUGAUAGCUCAGACAAACCUGUCUACACUGGUGACCAUGAUCAUAGAGAUGAAGAGAAACAUGGUCUUACAGGUGACCACAUGCAUAACCAAACAGAUGACCAGAAGCAUGAACAUGCAGAUGAACAAGAUCACAAUCAUGAUGAUGAACCCACUCAAGAUCUGAUGAAUGUAAACAAUCAUAAUGACACUAGCAAACAUGAUCACAACCAUAGUGUUCAAAAGAGAGGAACAGAUUCUUCAGAAUGUCUGUCUGCACACGACUUGUUGCAGUUAGUAGAUAGUGACAAAGGUGGAGUAAUAACUAAAGAUUUGUUUAAGGAACUUUGUCCAAGUCUUCUUUAUCAGAUAGAUGAAGAUUCUUGUCAUAGUUUCCAUGAUAAACAUACAGGAUUCCAUGGCAGUCAUAAUAGUUUCCAUGAUCACAGUGAUCAUGACCAUGCUCACACAACUGGUACAGGAAGUGCUACUGUAGAUUUAUCUAAUGUUCCUUUAAAAGUAUGGGGAUUCAGUUCAAUAGCAGUGAUUGUUAUCUCCCUUGUUGGGUUGCUUGGUGUUGCUGUUAUACCUAUUAUGCAGAAAGUAUUCUACAACCACAUGUUGCAGUUCCUUGUUGCCCUAGCUGUUGGAGCCCUGUCAGGAGAUGCACUCCUUCAUCUGUUUCCACAUGCAAUUGCUAGUGGACACAAAGGACAUGAUCACACAAAUGGUGGAGGUCACUCUCAUGAUACAGGACCAAUUUAUAAAGGUCUAUGUGGCCUUCUGGGAAUCUAUUUCUUUUUCUUUACAGAGAGAAUACUUACAAUGUUCACAGAGUAUAAAAGGAAGAAAAAGCACAAAAGAAAUCAUAGUAAUAAAUAUUUGAAAGAUGAGGAAAUGUUGAAAGUUGGAGAAAAACUUGCAAAUAGUGAAUGUGAUGGAAUGAUGAUGAGUAUCCACCCAAACAAAGCUCUUAGGGCAUAUGCAGAUGAAGCUCAUACAGAGCAUUGCACCAUCAGUUUUGAAAACACAACAUCUGUCAGUCAUGAACAUGGUCAGAGGAAACCAGACAGUCUAGAGACAUGUGUUGAUGGCGAUGAAACAUCUUCAAUGAUUAACAAUUCUGUUACGGCUUCACCAAAACACCAAGGGCAUGGACAUUCUCAUGGGAUAGAUGCUAUACCAAACUCUGUUGCUUCAGUUGCUUGGAUGGUCAUCCUUGGGGAUGGGAUACAUAAUUUUUGUGAUGGUCUGGCUAUUGGGGCUGCAUUUAUUAACAGUAUCACUGGUGGAUUUAGCACCUCUGUUGCUGUAUUUUGUCAUGAGCUGCCACAUGAAAUAGGUGAUUUUGCAAUGUUAUUGAGAGCUGGUAUGUCACCAAAGCAAGCUAUUAUUUACAACUGUCUCUCAUCCAUUUUGUGUUUUGUUGGUAUGUUGAUUGGUGUGGCUGUUGGUAACCUAAAAGGAGCCAGUCUAUGGGUAUUCUCUUUGGUUGGAGGAAUGUUCCUAUACAUUGCUCUUGUGGAUAUGUUACCAGAGUUGUCGUCAGUGGAAACAAAGAAGGGAGAGCAUCCAUUAUGUCAUCUUCUUCUACAGGGCGUAGGCAUGUGUACAGGAGCAGGGAUUAUGCUGACUAUAGCUCUCUUUGAGGGGGAUCUUCUGACAAUACUGGAUUAAGUGAUGUAAACUACAACAUUCCACAAUGUAAAAACUGGCAUCUUGUUAUUCAAUCUCGAGUCAAAGUAGUGAACUUUUUUUGCUGAAGUUAGUUGAAAUAAAGUGCAUUUAUUAAUUGUCCUUAAAAGGACCUUAAAAUAAACAAUAAAGUUUAA